UUUAGAAGUUAACCGAAAUAUUUACUGACCACGAUACAGUGUCCGUUAACAAAAUGGCGCACCGACGGCGCACAUUAGAACCCCCUGACGCUUCGUACUCUCUAGGGUUUGGGUUCUCCGGACUAUUACUAGCUUCUCGAGAUGGAGCCAAGGAGACCGUCGAACAAUGAUUCACUUUCUUAUUCGAAUCUUUUCAAUUUGGAGUCUUUGAUAAACUUCAAAGUUCCACAACCAGAUGAUGAAUUUGAUUACUAUGGGAAUAGUAGUCAGGAUGAGAGCAGAGGUGGUGCAAUGGAAAAUUAUGGUAAUGGGGGUAUUCAAGAGAGGGAUCUGAGUUUAGGUAAGAGACAGAAGCGGACUAAUAAUAGUGGUGAAGAGGAGGGAGACGGUUAUCACGGGAAACACAUGUCGGAGGAGCGUUAUCGUUCAAUGUUGGGAGAACACAUUCUGAAGUACAAGAGAAGGUUUAAGGAUUCCUCGUCUACUCCUGCGCCUGCUCCAUCAGGUAUGGGAAAUCCUAGUCAGAAGAAUGGUUUGGGAAGUUCUAAGAUGAGGAAAUUGAGGAAUGAACAAAGGGGAGGGUUGUGUGAUGUGGAUACCACAUCUGAAUGGCUCAAUGAUGUUACUCCUCAAAAACAUGGAGACCAUGUUGACUCAGAUUAUAUGCCCAAAGUAUCCUAUGAACCUGCUUAUUUGGAUAUUGGAGAAGGUAUCACUUAUAGAAUACCUCCCUCUUAUGAUAAGUUGGCUGCAUUAUUGAACUUGCCAAGCUUCUCAGACAUCAGGGUGGAGGAAUUUUACUUGAAGGGAACCUUGGAUUUAGGGUCAUUAGCAGAAAUGAUGGUCAAUGAUAAAAAGUUUGGACCUAGAAGCCGAGUAGGGAUGGGAGAUCCCUGGACACAGUAUGAAUCACUUCAAGCAAGAUUGAAGGCAUUGUUAGAUUCUAACUCAUCCCAGAAGUUCAGUCUAAAGAUAUCUGAAGCUGCCUUGAAUUCCUCCAUUCCAGAGGGGGCAGCUGGUAAUACACCGCGGUCUAUUUUGUCAGAUGGUGGUUUGCUGCAAGUUUACUAUGUGAAGGUUUUAGAGAAAGGAGACAUGUAUGAGAUAAUAGAGCGGACCCUUCCCAAGAAGCCAAAGGUGAAGAAAGACCCUGGUGCUAUUGAGAGGGAGGAAAUGGAAAGGAUUGGCAAGGUUUGGGUAAACAUUGUAAGAAGAGACAUUCCAAAGCAUCAUAGGAUUUUCACUACAUUCCAUAGGAAGCAACUAAUUGAUGCAAAGAGGUUCUCAGAGAACUGUCAAAGAGAGGUAAAGCUGAAAGUUGGUAGAUCCCUCAAACUGAUGAGGGGUGCUGCAAUUCGCACUAGGAAGUUGGCUAGAGAUAUGCUGCUGUUUUGGAAGAGAGUGGACAAGGAGAUGGCAGAAGUGAGGAAAAAAGAGGAGAGAGAAGCUGCAGAAGCUUUGAAGCGUGAACAGGAGCUCCGAGAAACAAAGCGGCAACAGCAAAGGCUCAAUUUUCUCCUACAACAAACUGAACUUUAUAAUCACUUCAUGCAAAAUAAGCCAAACUCACAGCCCUCUGAAGCUUUGCCUGGGGAAGAUGAGACAACUGACCCAGAAAUGCCUUUGAGCAAAUUGAGCUCUUCUGAUGCUGCUCCUGGUGAGGAAGAAGACCCUGAUGAGGUCGACAUGAGAAACAAGGCCCUGAAAGCUGCCCAAGCUGCAGUCUCUGAGCAAAAAAAGUUAACAAGUGCAUUUGAUUCUGAAUGCUCAAAGCUGCGUCAAGCAGCUGAAAUUGAUGCCUCAGUUGCAGGAUCUAGUGACAUAGAUCUCCAUAAUCCAUCCACCAUGCCUGUUACAUCAACUGUUAACUCACCAGAGUUGUUUCACGGUACCCUUAAAGAGUACCAAUUGAAGGGGCUUCAGUGGCUAGUUAAUUGUUAUGAGCAGGGGUUAAAUGGUAUACUUGCUGAUGAGAUGGGCCUUGGCAAGACUAUUCAAGCUAUGGCAUUUUUGGCUCAUUUGGCUGAGGAAAAAAAUAUAUGGGGACCUUUUCUGGUCGUUGCACCUGCUUCUGUCUUGAAUAACUGGGCUGAUGAAAUUAGCCGUUUCUGCCCUGACCUAAAAACCCUCCCAUAUUGGGGUGGCAUUCAUGAACGAACAAUAUUAAGGAAAAACAUCAAUGCUAAGCGUCUCUAUCGAAGGGAGGCUGCAUUUCACAUUCUCAUUACCAGCUAUCAAUUGCUAGUGUCUGAUGAAAAGUAUUUCAGGCGUGUGAAAUGGCAGUACAUGGUGUUAGAUGAAGCCCAGGCUAUAAAAAGUUCUAGCAGUAUAAGAUGGAAGACGCUGCUCAGUUUUAAUUGCCGUAACCGUUUACUUCUCACUGGUACACCAAUCCAGAAUAAUAUGGCCGAGUUGUGGGCCCUUCUCCAUUUCAUCAUGCCAACAUUAUUUGACAGCCAUGACCAGUUCAAUGAGUGGUUUUCCAAAGGAAUCGAAAAUCAUGCAGAGCAUGGGGGUACUUUGAACGAGCACCAGCUUAACCGAUUGCAUGCAAUUUUGAAGCCCUUUAUGCUUAGACGUGUUAAAAAGGAUGUAGUUUCUGAGCUGACAAAAAAGGCAGAAGUUACUGUGCACUGCAAGUUGAGCUCUCGUCAGCAAGCAUUUUAUCAAGCUAUUAAGAAUAAGAUAUCUCUGUCUGAGUUAUUUGAUGGCAAACGUGGGCAUUUGAAUGAUAAGAAAAUAAUGAAUCUAAUGAAUAUAGUCAUUCAGUUGAGGAAGGUGUGUAACCACCCAGAGUUGUUUGAGAGGAAUGAGGGGAGCACAUAUCUUUAUUUUGCAGAUAUUCGAAAUCCUCUUCUUCCGCCUCCUUUUGGAGAGUUGGAGGAUAUACACUAUCCAGGAGGUCAUAAUCAUAUUACGUACAAGAUACCAAAAUUAGUGCACAAUGAAACAAGCUCUGGAUCACUUUGUUCGGCAGUUUGGUCGGGUGUAUCUGGAGAAACAUUCCAGAAAUUGUUUAAUAUUUUUUCCCCAGCAAAUGUAUAUCAGUCCCUAUUCACACAAGCAGAUAACUCAAAAAAUUCACCUGCUAAGAGUGGGAUAUUCGGUUUUACACGUUUGAUGGAUUUGUCACCAGCAGAAGUUACAUUUCUGGCAACCAGUUCAUUAACUGAGAGGCUAUUGUUCUCUAUUUUGAGAUGGGAUCGCCAAUUUUUGGAUGGAAUCUUGGACUUGCUCUCAGAAGACAUGGAUGGUGAUCCUGAUUGUAAUGACUAUGAGAGGGGGAAAGUAAGAGCUGUUACACGGAUGUUAUUGAUGCCGUCAAGGUCUGAGUCAAAUUUGUUAAGAAGGAGACUUGCAACAGGACCUGAGGAUACUCCAUUCGAGGCUUUAGUCACCUCUCACCAGGACAGGCUUCUGUCCAACAUCAAGCUUCUUCAUUCAACAUACACAUUCAUCCCUCAAGCUAGAGCUCCACCGAUUUCUUCUCAAUGUUCGGAUAGAAAUUUCGCUUAUAAAAUGAUCGAAGAGCUUCAUCAACCGUGGGUUAAGAGGUUGCUUAUUGGAUUUGCACGUACAUCUGAAUGUAACGGACCUAGAAAGCCGAAUGGUGUUCAUCCGUUAGUUAAAGAGAUUGAUUGUGAAGUGCCUGUUUCACAGCCUGCUCUUCAGUUAACAUACAAGAUAUUUGGCUCUUGUCCCCCAAUGCAAAGCUUUGACCCAGCAAAGUUGCUUACGGACUCUGGGAAGCUUCAGACGCUCGAUAUAUUGUUGAAACGAUUGAGAGCUGAUAACCACCGUGUUCUAUUGUUUGCACAAAUGACAAAAAUGCUGAAUAUUCUUGAGGAUUAUAUGAAUUAUAGGAAGUAUAAAUAUCUUAGACUUGAUGGGUCCUCUACAAUUAUGGAUCGAAGGGACAUGGUUAGAGAUUUCCAGCACAGGAAUGAUAUUUUCGUAUUCCUGCUAAGCACUAGAGCUGGUGGGCUGGGCAUCAAUUUGACGGCAGCAGAUACUGUCAUUUUUUAUGAAAGCGAUUGGAAUCCAACAUUAGAUCUACAGGCAAUGGAUCGAGCUCAUCGGUUGGGGCAGACAAAAGAUGUUACUGUUUAUCGGCUCAUUUGUAAAGAAACUGUUGAGGAGAAAAUUCUGCUAAGAGCGAGUCAGAAGAAUACUGUCCAGCAGCUUGUCAUGACAGGUGGUCAUGUUCAGGGCGAUUUGUUGGCCCCUGAGGAUGUUGUAUCACUACUUCUGGAUGACACUCAAUUAGAGCAGAAAUUAAGAGAAAUUCCCCUUCAGGCCAAAGAUAGACAAAAGAAAAAACCGACGAAGGCUAUACGACUUGAUGCUGAGGGUGAUGCAACUCUUGAAGAUUUAAUAGAAGGCGAGGCUCCGGGUACUGGUGCUGAGCAGUCUCAGGAUCCGGAAAAAACAAAAUCCAGUAACAAAAAGAGAAAAUCCACUUCUGAGAAGCAGACCCCAAAUCCAAGAAAUUCACAAAAGGAACCAAAUUCAAAAUCGGACUAUGAUAUUGAAGACCCUUCAGCAAAUACAGACCCUCAAUCACAAAGACUCAAGAGGCCAAAGAGGACAAAGAAGAGCGUAAACGAGAAUCUCGAACCAGCAUUUACUGCCACGCCCAUGGUUGAUUCGACGCGGAGUCAGAAUGCACCACCAAAUGAGCAUGGUUCUUCCUAAACAAAUGCACCACAACUUGACAAUAAAAAAGGUUAAGCCCAUUGAUAGAACCGGUGGAUUGCUAGGCCAAUUCAUGUCGGAAUAGAGACGUGAAGUCCACUUUUAGCUGUUGAUUUUUAUAAGCAUUCUGCCGGAGCGGUAUACAGAGGAAGAAAGCUUUACUCUGUUGUAGACUGUACAUAUAAUAUUUUUGGUUAACUGAUUAGAAGGAUAGAGUAUGUAUAGACGGCGUUACUUUAUUCCUAUAGUGCAAAGUAUAUAUAUUACAAGUAUUUUAAA